AAGUAUAUUGCACGGUUCAUAUCGUCUUUCAUGCAAGUUUAUAAAUCGAUAUAAAUGGCCGUUAGGAAAGGUUGUUUAGGAAAGCUUGUAAAAUGGCAUAUCGUUUGUUAAAGUUUGGAGUUAAAGUUGGUUUAGUUGGUGGUGUGGUUUAUUAUACCAUCGAUGAAGGUGUAUGGAAGAGCAGUGAACAUACAACAGAACUUUAUUCAAAAAUUUAUAAAAAUGUAGCACCAUAUGUGAAGGAAGUCCCUGUUGAGGUGCCAGAACUGCCAAAGGUAGAAGAAAUCUCCUUCCUGACAAAGAAUUAUUGGAAUAAAGGAGUAAUUGCAUCGUUUGUAUUCUUGAGUGACCUUCCCAAUAAGACGGCUGAGUUGAGUAAACAGGGCUAUGAAUAUGUUUUAAGGCAACUGGAGCAGAGUAAACAGAAGAACACUAGCACAACCAAAAGCCAGGAAACUUCCAAGUAAUAAAAGCUGUUAUAGUCGUAGUAAUAAAUUGAAUUGUACAGUAGAAUUCUUGCAUAAAGGCUGUGCCAUAGCUCAAGCGGUUAGUUGCUGGCUUCCCACUGCGGCAGCCCACGUUCGAUCCUUGGUCUGGUCAAGUGGGAUUUGUGGUGGACAAAGUGGCACUGGGGUGGGUUUUCUCCACAUGCUUCGGAUUCCCCUAGCAAUCUUCAUUCCACCAAAUUCUCCAUCAUCAUAAUCACCCGGGACAGGCUACAAUAGGCCUAUCAGUGGCCGCCGGGCCGAGUGGACCCAGUUGGACUCCCCCCCCCCAAGCGAAUAAAUAAAAAUGUACUAGUGAUAAACUUGUGUGCGUGUGACAUUAUUUUAAUAAAAUGAAUUCUGAACAUGGCUUCAUA